AUUCAUCCAUGAGUGAAGUAGAUUCUCUACCUAUGCAUAUUACAAACACUCCACUCACUUACUUUGGCAACAUCAAGGACUGAAGGAGAGAAGUCUUUAUUGUUUGUUGGUCUGAGAAACAUGGCGUCUUUAGCAACCAUCGCCGCCGUUCAACCCUCUGCCACCGUCAAAGGACUCGGAGGAAGCUCUCUCGCCGGAUCUAAGCUUUUCAUUAAGCCUUCUCGCCAAAGCUUCAAACCCAAAUCCACAAGAGCUGGUGCCGUGGUGGCUAAAUAUGGAGACAAAAGUGUAUACUUUGAUUUAGAAGAUUUGGGUAACACAACAGGGCAAUGGGAUUUGUAUGGAUCUGAUGCUCCUUCUCCUUACAACCCACUUCAGAGCAAGUUCUUUGAGACAUUUGCUGCUCCUUUCACAAAGAGAGGUUUGCUUCUCAAGUUCUUGAUUCUUGGAGGUGGCUCUUUGCUUACUUAUGUCAGUGCUUCCUCGACCGGCGAUGUUCUUCCUAUUAAACGAGGUCCUCAAGAGAAGCCUAAGCUCGGUCCUCGGGGAAAGCUUUAAAUUAGCUUUCUAAAAUCCAUUCAAAAUGUCAUAAAAAUUUCUACCCAAUUCUGUGAACCCUUUUUAAUGCUCUAUGUAUAUCGUGCUGUGUUGAUUUCUUUGUAAGAUAGUGCA